AUGAGCCCGAAAGCCGAUCUGCCGGUUGCGCUGGGCAAGGGUACGGGAGGCGAAAACAUUGCGCUCGACCUCGCCAAGAUGCCCCAUCUGCUCAUCGCAGGCGCGACCGGCUCAGGAAAGAGCGUCGCCCUAAAUGCGAUUGUCGCGGGGCUGCUCAUGGAACGCUCCCCCGCUGAAAUGCGCAUGCUCCUCGUGGAUCCCAAGCGCGUAGAGCUUACGCCGUACAAUGGCAUUCCCCACCUGCUCUGCCCUGUCAUCGUGGAGGUCGAUCAAGUAGUCGGUAUGCUCAAGGGCGUCAUAAACGAGAUGAUGACACGAUACCGCCAGAUGGAGGAGAUCGGCGUCCGCAACAUUGAGGGCCGCCUUCGAUGUGGAACAGUCGCUAUGCCGCUGGCGCAGCUUGGUCGAGCCACGGGCAUUCACCUGAUACUGGCAACACAGCGACCGUCCGUAGAUGUAGUCACCGGGCUCAUCAAGGCAAACUUCCCAAGCCGCAUCAGCUUCGGCGUAACAUCGCACAUUGAUUCGCGGACUAUCCUGGACACCAACGGCGCCGAGAAGCUUCUGGGCAAGGGCGACAUGCUUUACCUGCCGCGUGAUGCCGCCAGGCCGAUGCGCGCGCAGGGCGCUUUCAUAUCUGACAAGGAGAUCGACCGUCUCAUAGACUUCUGGCAGACUACGCCGCGCGCAUGGGUACCCAACGUCAAUCUGCGCCCUGUAUCCCAAGACGAUUCUGAAGAUUCCGAUGCCGAUUUCUCGGCAUCGACGGAUGCGCUCUUCGACAAGGCAGUAGAACUAGCGCAUACACAGAAGAAACUUUCGACCUCGCUGUUGCAGCGACGAUUGCGUAUCGGCUACCCACGCGCAGCUCGACUCAUGGAUGAACUGGAGGAGAACGGCGUAGUGAGCGCGGGCGAUGGCUCCAAGUCAAGAGAUGUUAUAAUUAAUAGUGUGGCGUAA